AUGUUCGGACGGUCGCCCUUUUUUGCAGCGUCUUGCAUCUUCUCGCUAUUUCUCUGUAAUGGAGUAGCCGCCAACACGGAAAUUAUCAACUUCAUAUCUGACCUACAGCGUUCCGUUGAACUCCCUCAGGUCGGAAAUUGGGCAACACUUAAUUCCUCCCAUAACGAACGGCGAUGGGCGAUUCAACCUGCACCCUUAGGCACGCCCUUGCGCGAGGUGUGUGAGGCAGACAAAGAAAUCACCCCAACCAGCCCUUCGACGUGCCCUCAUGAGCUCUGGGUAAGAUUAAACCUAGACGACACGAUCUGGAGAAGCUAUCGUGCCUUCACCCUUCGUCUCUCAUGGGCCGCUUCUACUCCCGCGGACUUCUUGAUAGAACUUUAUUCGCCAGAGGCGGUCUCGACUUUCUUUGCCGGUCAGCACCAGCGGCAGAUCACCCUAGCCGAAAAUGCCCCUUCAUUUCGGGAGAGGCCUCCGUUCCUCAUCACACGGACCAAGUAUGCACGGAUACGGAUCGUAGACACUGGCGUGCCCACACCCCAGAUUCAGUUAGGUCGCCCUAAUCCACGCUUGUCUGAUCAGGUGGUCGAACCCAACGUUCACUUCAUUCUCAUCCUGGAACCGCUGUAUUGGGGUGUCCUGCCAGCUUCGCAAUUGCCGACCGUAUGCUUCCUCAUCCCUGUUCUCCUGGCGGCCGCAAUGGCAGUCCCACGAGUCCUCGCUUAUCUCGAUCCAUUCGUAUUGCAAGCCAGGGAGGAUAUGGUAUCUUUGGACAAGGAACAGUGA